AUGGACCGCAACGAGCAACAAUGGGCAGACCUAUGCCGGCAGGUGAAGGAUCAAGUUCCACAUGAAAUAGGAGAAGAGUCCUGGUACCUCGUGAUUGCUGCAGCUCUGGGCGUGUCCCCAGUGCCAAGCGCACCCGCGGCGUUUUACACAUACCUCACCAAGAAUGACCCAUCCUUCAGCUCGGAAAAAUCCAAAGAAUAUCUCAGUCAAAGACUACGAGAUGUAAUUUUGAAGCUCCUCGCUAUCGUUGGAGGUCCGCAAGUCCUCUCAGUGCUCAUCCCACUUGCGGCUGCGGAAGGCGAUGUCAAGUCGAGAGCUGCUUCGAGCGCCCUGAGCGAGAAAUGGAGGGCUGACAAAAUGAAGGUCCCUGCUAUUUACGAGCGAGGUCAAGCGACGAUCAACACGAUCUACGGCGCCCCGCUCUUGGAGAAUAUCUUCGAGUCCUUCGGAAGCCACAGAGAAGAUGUCAAAUUUAAUGAGAUGUACACCCUCUACGGCCUUUACCUCUCAGACUUUGAGGUAUUGACACCCCUCGAGACUGAGGCGGUGGUAUACUCUUCGAUCUCCUGUCUGGGGUUGGGAGGCCCAGGAAACUGGCAUUUGAGAGGAAUGGGCCGUUUGCUAGGUGCAAGAGGGACGGAUGAUCAGAGCGAGAAGAUGAGAAGAGUGAUAACUUUGUUGAUGAAUCUGAAGCAAGCGGUGGUAACUGUUGUAGAAUUCGUGGGAGACGAAUUCAAGGCCAGAGCACACCUCGACAAGUGGGCCGAUCCUGCAACUGUGGCGAAUAAGUUGGGUGGUUGGGGCGACGAUGAAUAG